AUGUCUAUAUCACAGGUAUGCCAUCAGUGGCGCGCCAUCUGCCUGAGUACUCCGCUGCUUUGGUACCAGGUCUCAACCGACUUCCCGGAAAAGUGGAUGCGCGAAGCCUUGUCAAGGUCUGGCGAAGUGCUAUUGGAAGUGCUGAUUAACAACCAAGAAGGAACUCUCGGGCGUAAUAUCAUUUGGCUCGCACUCGAUGAGCUGCCACGGAUCAAGUCUCUGACAUGGUUUCGAGUCUCGGACUUUGAGAAGCCCGAGGACAACUUGCCGACCCCUACUCUCCCUUUCCUUGAGUCUCUUGCGUUCUACAAUACCACAAAUGAUCUUCCCCGUGGUCUGAAAUUACCCCGCCUGACCCGUUUGGUAGCUCACAAUUGCAGUCGCUUCACCUGGGACCACCCCAUCCUCGUGCCGAGUUUGGCGCAUCUGGAUAUCUCCGGUAGCCCUAACUGCGAUCUUGCCCACAUCCUUCGCGCCCUUCGCGGCAUGCCGUUGUUACAGUCCCUACGCCUCGCGACCGUCGUCCCCCAUCCUUUUGCUCCGCCGGCCCCCCUCUGUUCGAGCCAACGCAUCGCACUUCCUGAACUACGACGGCUAAUAUUGGUGGAUGACCUGAGCCAGGUCACAUCCUUCAUCUACCACGUCUCUCUCCCAGUGACCGCGUCUCUAUACAUUAAACCAAAAACAGAGCGUCCCUCUCGGUGGUUCUCUAAAUACCUGUCUCCUGCUAUCAGAGACAGAUACGAGGCCGUUCUGAACACGACAACAUGCAACAUUUCGCACCCACUGCAGUCCAUACACUACUCAAACACAGGUUACUGGAGGGCUUGGUCUGAAGUAUAUCCUGUGGAGUACCUCGACGAGAUUGCCGCACGAGGGGACUGCGCGCCGGCUUUGCAGGUGUCCAAUAUACGCAUACGGGUGGAAGAGGUAGCCGGCGAUCUUACCGUUAUCAACUCGAUCUGCUCCGCUUUCCUGGAGAGGCACCGGAUUACGAGUCUUUGUCUCGACCUUGGCGUAAGAUCGUCGAGCCUGGGCGGGUGGGUCAAGCUGCUUGAAAACCUGCCGCGCCUCCGCGAACUUGCUAUCAUGCGGUAUGGAGUUCGCGAGCUUGUCAGAGCUCUGUCUCACUCCACGCCACGCGCUACCGUCCUCCGUGACUCAGAAGCCUCUUCGUCCCUGGUUGUCCCGUCUCUCCAAGUGCUACUGCUCGAGGGGGCUGUCCGGCGGGUUUCCCAGGGUCCAGAGGUUGCUAGCGCUCUGUGCGAUGCUCGCCGAGCGAGAAGAGAAGGGCUGCAUGUUGGAGCGGCUGCUCCUCCGUAA